AUGGCGUGCGCGGCCCGCAGAGCAACAAAAGUGCACGAAUUUGUGGCGCACGGCGCUGUGGUCAACUGCAUUUCCAUCGGGAGGAAAAGUGGGAAAGUUGUAGCCACCGCUGGAGACGACAAGAAGAUCAAUUUAUGGACAAUACCGCGUUACAACUGCGUACUCCGAUUGCACGGCCAUACUACACCGAUCGACACAGUCAAAUUUCAUCCCAACGAAGACCUUCUCGCUUCGGGUUCGAACUCCGGAGCGGUGAAACUAUUUGAUCUCGAAGCAGCUCGGGUUCUCCGCACACUGAACGGGCACAAGGCAUCGGUGCAGUGCAUAGACUUCCAUCCGUACGGUGAAUUUAUCGCGUCAGGUUCCUGUGAUAACUCUAUCAAAUUGUGGGACUCUAGAAGACGGAGCUGCAUCAACACGUAUCGAGGCCAUGAACAAAAAGUGAACUCUAUCCGCUUCAGUCCAGACGGACGAUGGAUAGUCUCUGGCGGGGACGACGGUUCUAUCAAAUUGUGGGAUCUGGCCAUGGGUAAAAUGCUAACCCAAUUCAAUGAGCAUCAGGCCCCCGUCAGCGAUGUAGAAUUCCAUCCGAACGAGUACUUGUUGGCGUCGGGCAGCGAGGACGGCAGCGUGAAAUUCUACGAUCUCGAAACGUGGAAUCUGAUAUCGUCUACGAGCGGAGACUCGGGACAGGUACACUGCACAAGAUUCCACCCCGACGGAGACGUAAUAAUGGUCGGCGCUGACGACCUCAUGAGGGUCUACGGCUGGGAGCCGACGGUGAACACAUUCGACCGAGUUGUCAUGGGAUGGGGUAGGGUUGAGGACCUCAUGGUCGGUAAAGAAGCGAUCGUGGCCGCGAGUAAAUCCGUGACGAACGUCUGCGUAUACGUUCUCGACACCAACAAAGUUCAGCCCUUCGCCGGAUCGACGACGUUCAUCGACGAGGUCCCAAUGAAGACGACAUCGUUCCGUCGUUCGUCGCCUCUGGGCUCGAACCCUAGACGAAGUUUCAACACAAAAACACGCGGAAAACUGGAUGUGGCCUACAAGAGGGAGAUCAACUCUUCAGAGGCCUCCGACAACUCCUAUGAUAGCUACGAACCGUCGAGUACAGAUGACGUCUGCAUCAUGGAGCCAUCUUCGUACAACGAAAUCUUCCACCCGUCGAAGGAGUUGUCGCGAAGCCCGCCUAGAGAUUCGUAUCCCGUCAUGAGCAACUCGGGUUCGGGGCUUUUCCGUCUUCCACCUAUCAAGGAUGCAGCCCCGAAUUCGAUAGCGACGACGACCCCUGUAGGACCUUCUCGCUCACCUCCGCGUGUCGAUCCUGUGAUUUCGAGGAACCUUCAGAGUUCCGACUGUCUCAAAUCGAUCACAGCUGGCAACAAGAAUUCAGUCAAUUCAACUACCACGACGGCGAUGAAUAAUUUCAAUAACACAGUCAGUAAUACUAAUAACACAAGCAACAAGGGCAAUACCGCUUAUUCAACGAGCAACAUGCGCUCCUCGUACUCAAUGGGGAAUAUCAAGGAAACAACGCAGCACCACGGGAGCCUGAGCAGCUCUUCCUCCACGCUCAGCAGCGUUUCCGACAAUAACCGGAAGACGGGCACUGCCAAUUCCACCUCGAGUGGAGACCUCUCUCCGAUUCUUCCAGUUAGUGAACCCUCAACCCCAGUCAAAACGCAAAAUUUCCUUCCUCGACGAACCGCCGAGAAAACUUCGUCAGAACAGAGUCUCGUCUCAAUCGUGAAGCCAGUCAUGAGCGUCAAAGCGGCAGCUGUCGUCCACCCCGAAGUCGUGACGAAUAUUCCACCGGCUGUCUGCCAACCUGGGAAGCAAGGAUACAACACGGAGUCCGUUGGUAGCAACGGGACGUGCGGUGGAGGCGGUGGCGGUAUUGGAGGCGGAGGUCUGAAUUUUGACGACUUUCUGCCGGCUCACGUCCAGUCACUUUCCCGGGGUCCGCGAUCAAGCGUUCCAAUUUCAGAAACUGAAGCUAUCGAAAAAAUCAGCGCUGGACACAACGGCAUGAUGGUAGCCAUGAUGCAUCGCCUCAACGGCUUGCGUCAGAUUCAUGCUCGCUGGAAUCCUAAGGAUCCUCGAGCCGCGGUCGAGGUCGCUCUAAACUUGAGGGACGCGUCAGUUCUCGUAGACUUGCUCAACGUCCUCGUCUUACGGUCUGCCAUGUGGAAUCUCGACCUCUGCCAUUUGCUCCUCCCCGCCAUGUACGAACUCAUCCAGAGCAAAUACGAGCCUCAGAUGGCCACGGCGAUUUCGGGAAUAAAGCUCGUCCUCAAAAAUUUCGGAACCAUCAUCAAGGACACCGUGGCAGGACCCAGAAGCGUCGGCGUUGACCUCAGCCGCGAGGAACGCUAUGGAAAAUGUUCGGGCUGUCACGAAUCGCUGAUGACGAUCAGAUCCUUCCUCCUAAAGAGGCAAACCAUGCAGGGGAAAGUAGGCUCUCAAUUCAGGGACCUCCUAGCAGUCAUGGAGAUGCUCGACUGA